GAAGCAAAAUCACACCCUACAAAAAGAACGGUGCCCUCUCACUAGUUUGGCACUUGGCAUUUCUCAAGAGAGCAGAGCCUGUUGCAAAAAAACAAAGAAAAAACAAGACAAGAUCCAAUUGAAAAAUUAAGAUUCUGUGAAAAAGAAAAUAUCCUUUUAAAACUUAGUGUAAGAUCCUUCAUUAUGGCUUGCUUCUUUGACUCCUCUAAUGGUGACCCAACUACACUUGAAUACAACACCAAGCCACAGAAUGGCCAAGUCUAUGUGAUGUACCACGGAACCACAAGAAGGAAAGCCAAGAUCAUCAAGAAGUAUGGCUUCCAGCGCUCCAAUGAUGGCAUGCUAGGUCCUGGAGUAUAUGUUAGCCGGGACAUCCAUAAAGCCAGCAGGUAUCCUAUACGCUCCAGGCCCGAAAAUCGAGCUGUCCUUGAACUUCUUGUCAAUGUAGGCCGGGUCAAGAAGAUUAACAAGCAGGAUCACCCAUUGCAAAAGACAUGGCACAAUUAUGGGUAUGACACUGCCUGGGUGCCACCCAAAUGUGGAAUGGUGCGCAGCGGUCGGGAAGAAGACUGUGUCUGGGACCCCAGAAGAAUUCGGGUUACAGCAAUUCUAGAUCCUGUGUUAACUGAUGAUGAAGAAGAUGAUGAUGAUGAAGAAGAAGAAUGUUAUGAAGAUUAAGGGGUCUGCUCAUUUCAAACUAGCACCAUGUCCAGGCACUGGCACACAUGUAAUUAUGUUCCCACCAACCUAAACAAUAAC